AUGGAAAAGUGUGAUAAUCUCGCCAAAAGUGUUGUUGAGACACAAUCUCCAGGAUCAUCUACUGUUUUGGUUGCACGUUUUGAUGGUCAGACGGAUCACUCACAGAUAACAACUAUUGAAGACAUUGACAUGAGUGAGAGUUUAAUAUAUUGUGAUAAGGUUGUUGAUUUGGAGAAAGACAAUGAUGAUUUUGGAGAAUAUAAUAAGUGUGAAACUAUGGAAGACGAAGAUGGUGAUUGUAGGGAAGAUAACGUGCAUGAAAUUGUGGGAGCUGAUGAUAUGAGCUUCAUGGAUACCCCUAUUUUGGGUAGAGUCUUUAAGACAAUAGAAAAAGCUUAUGACUUUUAUAAUGAUUAUGCAGAAAGUAAAGGAUUUGGAAUACGUAAGCACUGGUGUAAUAGGAGUACAAAAACACAACAGCCAUUUAGGUGGAAUUAUGUAUAUGCAAAGCAAGGUGUGAAACGACUUCAUGAUAAAAGAGUUGAUGUUGACAAUGUCAAAAGGCGAAGGGAAACAAGGACUGAUUGUUCAGCGAUUUUACAAAUAAAGUUGGUUGAUGGAUCAUGGGUUGUGGAAAAAUUCAAUGAUACACACAACCAUCCAUUGAUUAACACUCCUACAAAGGUGAAGAAGUUUUUUUCUCAUAAUGAUUUACGACGCUCAGGCAUUACUAAGUCGAUGGUUUCUAAGCUUUAUCAGGAGGGUUUAACAUCUUCAAAAAUCUCAAAGGUGGUUAACGCUAUGAACGAAGAUGUUAAUAUUACUCCAAUUCAAAUUAGCACUAUUAUAUCAAGCUAG